GUGGUAUAAACCGUGAAAGCUUGCUCCAUUCAAAAAGCUAAGAAGCUAAUAGUUGAAGAAGAAACAGUUUUCUUAUGAGCACUUAAUAUCGCAGUUUAUUGAGUUGUAUUGUUCAGGGGGCUCUUCAUCACCGUAACUCCAAAAAGAAAUGGCCGCGGAUUGGUUGGGUAGUUUGGUGUCAAUUAACUGUGGACCAACGCUGGGAGUCUACCAGGGAGAAGUAUCAUCUGUAGACCAGUCCAGCCAAACCAUCUCCUUAAGACAGCCUUUCCACAAUGGAGUCAAGUGUCCCGUGCCAGAGGUCACAUUCAGUGCCAUUGACAUAAAAGACCUAAAGAUUUUAGAUUUUAGAAAUGACAAUAGUCGGACUACCUCUGCUGCACCUGCAAAGGUAACCAGCGCACCGGUUGCAGUCCCAAAGGGUGACCCUAGAUCUGUGGAGAAACUGAACUCUCCACAGCACUGCUCUAAAAGUUAUGGAGAGCGUCAUCUGGACAUACCUGGCCAGCCUAAAGGAUUCCGUCGAAGACAUAACUCCUGGUCAGCCAGUAAUCGAGGGGUAAAUCAAGUGACGCCGAAGAAGAAUGGGGUGAAGAAUGGCCAGAUGAAGCAGAGAGAUGAUGAGUGUUUUGGCGACGGCGUGGAUGAUUACCUGGACACAGACUUUGAUUUUGAAGGAAACCUGGCUCUUUUUGACAAAGCAGCAGUUUUCUCAGAGAUUGACAUAUCGGAGCGUCGUAAUGGUGUGAGGUCACGCGGCACACCUCAGGAGCAGACUCCUACUCGGUACCGGCAUGAUGAGAACAUCCUGGAGGCCAAACCUGUUGUGUACAGACAGAUUACUGUACCGCAGCCUGGGGCCAAAGAAUACUGCACCGACUCUGGACUUGUUGUACCGAGUAUAACCUACGAACUGCACAAGCGUCUGUUGUCUGUUGCUGAGCGCCAUGGUCUGUCACUGGAGAGGAGACUGGAAAUGACUGGAGUGUGUGCCAGUCAGAUGGCACUUACAUUACUAGGGGGGCCAAACAGAUUCACCCCGAAGAAUUUGCACCAGCAUCCCACGGUGGCACUGCUGUGUGGCCCUCAUGUUCAGGGAGCUCAGGGCAUCAGCUGCGGUCGCCACCUGGCCAAUCACGAAGUGGAGGUCGUCCUGUUUCUGCCAAACUUUGUCAAAAUGCAUGACGCCGUGACCAGCGAGGUCACCCUCUUCAACAAAACUGGUGGCAAACAGGUGUCCAGUAUCAAAGACCUCCCUGACACCCCUGUGGAUCUAAUCAUUAACUGUCUGGACUGUCAUGAGAACACAUUCCUGAUGGAUCAGCCUUGGUACUGGGCGGCUGCAGACUGGGCGAAUCAGAACAGAGCACCAGUGCUAAGCUUAGAUCCCCCUGCUAGUGGCCAGGGGCAGGCAGUUGAAGCCAAAUGGUCCCUCUCACUUUGCCUUCCACUCCCCUUAGCUGAAGGGGCUGGCAGGGUCUACCUGUGUGACAUAGGAAUUCCUCGCCAGGUGUUCCAGGAAGUGGGAAUCAAAUACCAUUCUCCCUUUGGCUGCAAAUUUGUCAUCCCCUUGCACUCGGCAUAACGGGUCAGAUGGUCGACAUCUCACGUCAUGUUGACAGAUUAAAUCUUUUACCUUCCAUGACCGUUUGGGUUUUGGCGCCUUAUAUUCCAGAGUUAGAUCUGUUUUUCCAGUUUAUCUGUGAAAUUUCUAACUCGGCGUGUGCAAACAGAUCUUUUUCCUCAUACUGAAGGACCAGUGGUGAUGCAUCUUACAGUAGCGUAGUAGGAUUAAGUGCAUAUAGAUAGAGAUAGGGGGAAAAAUGUAAGCAUUUCUGAAAAUACAGACUUUUGGAGGGUAUAGCAAGCAGUUUAAUAAGAUUGCUAAUAAGUCUUGUUAAUUCAUAAUGAUAACCAAAGUGUCAAAGAAUGCAACAUUAGAGCCGUUUCAAAGAGGGAAUACAGGAGAACAGUGCUGGUUUCUUCAACUUUUUAUGUUAAAGUUUCUCUUGCUGUCAGUUCAAACAUAAAUAUGGUGUCGUGCACGCCAUAUCUGCAAUAUGUGCACAGCACUUGUGGCAAAGAUCAUUGUCAGCGUUGUGUCAAACAAAGUCUAACCACAUUUAGUUCUCCGUGCUGUAGUCACGAAGAACACAGCAUCUAGUUGUCUUUGUGUAUGUGCUGCAGAGAAGAGCGUCUGCUUUAGCCCUCACACAUACUCAGAGCUCCUGGUUCUGGAUUGUGAAAAUCUAAAAGUGUACUAUAGGCUUCAUCUUAUUGUACAAUACAUGCAGUGGCAUAAAAUGUUACGUCAUGUUUUUGCUGUUUAGGGCUAUCUUUUGUGAGCUCUCAAAGGCAGGAGACGCGCAGUCAUAAUCCUCUUCACACUUGUCUGUUAUAAUGACUGCAUACAUUCAGACGUGCGCCAUGUUGAAAGUAUGAUAUGUAAAUGUUAGUCUGUUUUAGAUUGCUGCAGGGACUUUUAUGAGUGUGUGACUGUGUGCUUGUUCAGACAUGAAGUUGACACAUUAAGAUGCUGACAGCUUAAUGGCUGUAAGGGGCUUUAAUGUUCAGAUUUAAAGUGAGUAGGACAAUCACUGAUUUAAAACAGGAAAGUUCUGAAAGUCAUGGCAAUCUAACUUUCUUUCAAAGCACUCCAGUGAUUAGACGCAGAUUCAUCUCGGUUUACACGCAUGAACAAUUUUCACACGUGUUGGGAUCUGACGGCUUACAGUUAAGCUUACGCUGGUCUUUCCAUUGCUGCCUGCAGUACUUUGCCACAUUCUGUCACUGUUAUGUAAUGCUUUGUUGGGAAUUAAGCUUGUAAUAUUUGUCCUAAAUAACAAGGUGUUCAAAUACAAGAGCUGCAGAUUACAACAGCUUUUUUGUCUCUUCUGCAAAUUAUAUUGUGAUGAUAAGGGCUCUGGAAACAAGACAUGGCAUGUAAAUUAGAUGCAGUCGUACCUUUUCAUGAUAAUUUAAGGGGAAAUAAGUUUAUUAAACUUUGGUACAGUUAUGGGAUGAAGGGCUUUACUGUUGUUUGAAAGGCCCAAAGUUCUAUUUGUACAACUCAUGCAAAAUCUUUAUUGCUUCAUCGAAUGCCAACUAGAGUUUAGAUUUGUUAAAUAUAUUUUUCAUACAGCGUCUGUUGUCUUUCAGCCAUUACUGUAUUAUGGAGAAAAUAUUCAGUAGACUGCAGACUAAGUACUGAUACCAUAUUCUCUCACAGUGAACUAUCAAGUCUGCUAAUUCUUGGCGAUGUUGGGUUGCUGUUGCCUGUUUAGUUUGGUAGUACAGAUUGGAUUCAAAAGCCAACUUUGCUUUACACAAUCAAAACUGGUGCAGACUUGAUGAGGUCAAAGCGAUUGCACAACUUCGGCAAGUUUUUGCAGAAUUGGAUGUUUCAUAUGCAGAAGUUAAUAGAAGUCUGUCAAAGCGGAGCCCGAAGUGGCACAAUUAUAAGUGACACUUUGGCUAAAAAUAAGUCCGACCGAACAGG